UCUGGGAGACACACAGGAAGUUGCACUAAGGAACUGAAAAGUAGCUAUACAAUAUACUUGGAUACAGGAAACAAAGGGACGUAGAAGUUAAAGCAAGCUGACAUUCAGGACAGGCGAAGUCAUAGCAGAAGCAUGAACUUAAUCCCAAGCUUCUCUUCAGAGACCUGGAUCCUGCUAGCUGUAUUUUGGGUUCUCUUCUUAAUUUACGGCAUCUGGCCUUAUGGAGUAUUUAAGAAGCUGGGAGUACCUGGCCCUUUUCCACUUCCAUAUAUUGGAACAUUUCUGGGAUAUAGAAAGGGCAUGGUACAGUUUGAUGUGGAAUGCUUUAAAAAAUAUGGAAAAUUAUGGGGACUGUAUGAUGGAAGACAAGCAGUUCUUGCAAUUCUAGACCCUGUUAUAAUAAAAACCAUUUUGGUAAAAGAGUGCUACACUAAUUUCACAAACAGACGGAAUUUUGGUCUUAAUGGCCCCUUUGACUCAGCCCUCACAAUUGCUGAGGAUGACCAGUGGAAAAGGAUUCGUACAGUGCUCUCACCGACGUUUACCAGCGGGAAACUGAAGGAGAUGUUCCCGAUAAUGAAGGACUAUUCUACCAUGCUGGUCAACAACAUUCAAGUUUAUGUUGACAAAGAUGAGCCAUGUCCAAUGAAGGAUGUUUUGGGAGCUUACAGUAUGGAUGUUGUCACCAGCAGUUCCUUUGGUGUGCAUGUCGAUUCUUUAAACAAGCCAAAUGACCCUUUUGUUACAAAGACCAAGCAGUUUCUAAAGUUUGGAUUAUUCAGCCCUUUGCUUAUAUUUGUAGUCCUUUUUCCAUUCCUUCGUCCUGUCCUGGAGUGGAUGAACGUCUCCUUGUUUCCAAAAGACUUUAUACAUUUCUACAUGAAUGCUAUUACCAGUUUCAAGGAGAAACGUCAGAAUGAAGACCACUCA